AUGACGACGAGGCGGGGAAAGUGCGGAGGGCGCGCCAGAAGGCGGCUUGGCACGCCCAGUGCAGCCGGCUCUGGGUGUUCUCCGAGGUUGCACAAACCCUCCUGGGCCGACGGGUCUACUCUGUCGAGGGCAGUCCCGCAACCGCCCGCUGCUCCUCCAGACCUCGGCGCAUCCGGGCGCCGCGGCCCGCGCGCACUGGUCCUGCACCGCCGGCCAGACCUCUCCGGACCCUUUCUCAGAGCCUCUCCGUCGACCCCCUUUCUUUCCUUUUCGUCUGCCUCUCCUCAACGGGCGCUCCAGACCGCUGCAAAGUUCUCUCACGACCCGGGGAAAGACAUCCAAGAGACGGUGAGGAAAAGCCCAAGAGUGCGCUCCGACGCUCGGCCUCCCUCCCAGGCCGGCAAACUCCGCGGGCAAGUCCGGAGUAGUCGCGGAGGCGCCGCUGCCGCCGCCCGCGCCUCUCGCGCCGGUUACAUUAACACGCGGUUUCACACUCCGGAGCUAACCAGCGCCGGCCCCGCCCAGCACCGCGCGGGCGGGGGGCGCGAGCGCGGAGCCGGCGGGGGACGCGAGCCUGUCUGGUGGAGGGGGGCGGGGGGAAGGCCCUCGUCAGCCAAUCGCUUGCGGCGCGCCCAACGUGGGGUGCUGACGAGACGCCUCCCCAGAGCCUAUGGCAGCGCGGCACCGGACAGCCCGUCUCACCCGGUCCCCCUCUUCUCUCCCACCCCACUUGCUUCCAUCUCCGCCGUCUCCCCCGUCUCCCCUCCCAUCCACCCCCACCACUCCUCCGCCAGCCGCGUCCUCCCGGGCUCGGUGAGGAACUGUUCCUGGAGGAGCCGCGGGACGUCGAAACCAGCCAAUGGGAAGCAGCGAGACGCGGAGAUUGGCACGGUGGAUGGGAAGAUUGAAAACAACUGGGUACCAUCCUCAGGGAAUCAGCAGCAGUUUAAUGAACAGUAA